CAUGGAGCGAGCGCUAUUGCUGAAACAGUCCUUCCAUUGUCACUGCGCCUCCGUCUGUGGAGCUGUUUGUCAAUAUAGGUCAGACAGCGUCUCAUUACUCGUCUGAUAACCUCUCUUCGGCGUGCUUCAUCAUUCUGACGAGACCCCACUGCAGCUGUCCAGACGAAAUGCCAAUCCCAAAGUGAAUCAAGCUCGGUGACGGUGUUGAGGUACCUAUGCUCGCACUCGGUACUAGUACCGCCAUCCGAUUCUGCAAGCAAGGAGGUUCUGACUUUAUUCUUAACGCCUUCAGUCAAGGUGUGCGACAUUUCGAUACUGCCGAGGAUUACUUCAACGAGGAGGUGCUUGCCGAACCCCUUGGCACAACGUCUGGCCGAAGGGAACAAGCAUUCAUCACCACGAAAUUCGGUCGACAUGACAAGACAGCUCAGAAUGUCAGGGAAAGCCUCAACAAAUCGUUGAAGAAGUUGCGCAUGGAUUAUGUUGAUCUCUACUUGGUGCACGACCCAGCAUGGUACAAAGAAGGAAGCCUGGGAGAAAUCUGGGCAGCGAUGGAAAAGUUGAAGGAGGAGGGCUUGUGUCGAGCCAUCGGGGUCAGCAACUUUCAAGAACACCAUAUCGAAGAGCUCGCCAGGACUUGGAGGAUCGUACCAAGCAUCAAUCAGGUGGAGAUGUCUCCUUUCUGUGCCCAUGAUGCGAUGUUUCAAGGUAUCCAGAGGGCCUGUGAGAAGCACGGGAUAGUCAUCUCUCCAUACACUUCUCUCGCACCGUUGCAUCACAAGCAACAUCCCCCUCUCGACGAAGCGGUACAACGGAUCGGACGCGCAAGAGGUAUGUCUGACACUCAAGUCCUCCUCGCAUGGGCAUUGCAGACAGGGAAAGGACCCGUGGUCACGGCAACGGCUAAACUUGAAAGGGUGCAAGACUACCUCGGAACUUUCGCCUUUGUGCUCCAACCUGAGGAGCUGGAGGAGAUCUCUCGAGUCGGAAAGCAGGUAUCAUACCGUCGCUGGACUUGAGGAGGGAGUCCUCUACCUACGGCGUCUCCGUCCGUCUCUUCUGCUUGAUCAGUAUCAUGCUGGUAAUCAUACACGAUGCAACGAGUCUGUUCGCCGAUAUCUGUCC